AUGACACUUGGUAACAGACACCAUGGGCGGAACAACGAGGGAAGCUCGAACACUAAUAUGUACGGGAACAACUCAGACGGUGUUUCGCAUUACGAAAUGAAGGAAAUCCAGGCAAAGGAACGAGAAAUCAAUUCCACAGCGCCAGAAAAUGAGGUCGAGUAUUUUGAAAACACAAUGGAAAAGACCAUGGAAAAUCUUGAAUACGAGGGCGACCGUAAGGCGUCGCAUCUGCGCAGAUUUAUUGACUCAUUUAGAAGAGCCGAGGGCUCGCACCCAAACUCUCCGGACUCGUCUAACUCCAUUGGCGAUGGGUCCACCCCCAUAUCGACAAACGACUCCAGUUCUCAGUUGGACAACGAGCUGAAUCCAAAGGGUUCUUUUGUUAACGAGAACGGGAUCAAGCAGCCUUCACAAGAACAAGACCAAAAUCAAGAAAACUUGAAAAAAACGAUAAAGCCUCGUCACAUCGUCAUGAUGUCAUUGGGGACAGGUAUCGGUACUGGUUUACUGGUUGGUAACUCCAAAGUUUUGAACAACGCGGGCCCAGCAGGUCUAGUUAUCGGGUAUGCCAUCAUGGGUAGUUGUAUUUACUGUAUCAUCCAAGCUUGUGGUGAAUUGGCCGUCAUCUACAGUGACUUGAUUGGUGGUUUCAACACUUACCCUUCAUUUCUGGUCGAUCCUGCGUUGGGAUUCUCCGUCGCUUGGGUUUAUUGUUUGCAAUGGCUAUGUGUUUGCCCCUUGGAACUGGUCACCGCGUCCAUGACCAUUAAGUACUGGACCGUGAAAGUCGAUCCGGAUGUCUUUGUUGUUAUCUUUUACGUCUUGAUCGUUAUUAUCAACGUUUUCGGUGCUAAGGGUUAUGCAGAGGCAGAUUUCUUCUUCAACUGUUGUAAGAUCCUGAUGAUUAUCGGUUUUUUUAUCCUUGCCAUUAUUAUCGAUUGUGGUGGUGCCGGUACGGAUGGUUACAUUGGCAGUAAAUACUGGCGUGAUCCCGGUGCCUUCCGUGGUGAUACCGGUAUCCAGAGAUUCAAAGGUGUGGUGGCCACAUUUGUUACCGCUGCAUUUGCCUUUGGUAUGAGUGAACAAUUAGCCAUGACUGCUAGUGAGCAAUCCAACCCGAGAAAGGCUAUCCCAUCAGCAGCUAAAAAAAUGAUUUACAGAAUUCUGUUUGUGUUUUUGGGAUCUUUGGCUCUGGUCGGUUUCCUUGUACCUUACACUUCAGACCAACUGUUGGGGGCAGAAGGCUCAGCCACUAAGGCGUCUCCUUAUGUGAUUGCCGUAGCUUCUCAUGGUGUUCGUGUGGUGCCUCAUUUCAUCAAUGCGGUCAUCCUAUUGUCUGUUCUUUCCGUCGCCAACGGUGCCUUCUACUCCAGUUCUCGUAUUCUGAUGUCUUUGGCUAAGCAAGGAAAUGCCCCCAAGUGUUUUGAUUACAUUGAUAGAGAAGGUAGACCAGCAGUUGCCAUGCUUGUUAGUGCAUUAUUUGCUAUCAUUGCAUUUUGUGCCUCUUCUCCAAAGGAGGAAGACGUUUUCACAUGGUUGUUAGCAAUUUCCGGUUUGUCCCAACUUUUCACUUGGAUCACCAUUUGUUUGUCUCAUAUUAGAUUUAGAAGAGGUAUGAAAGCGCAAGGCAGAUCCCUUGGGGAGGUCGGUUACAAAUCUCAAGUUGGUGUUUGGGGGUCUGCGUACGCUAUAAUCAUGAUGGUAUUGGCUUUGAUUGCACAAUUUUGGGUUGCCAUUUCCCCAAUCGGUGGAGGUGGCAAAUUAAGUGCUCAAUCAUUUUUCGAGAAUUACUUGGCCAUGCCAAUCUUGAUUGCUUUAUACUUCUUUUACAAAUUUUGGAAAAAGGAUUGGACUUUGUUCAUUCCCGCUGAUAAAAUAGACUUGGUAACUGACAGACAAGUUUUCGAUGAGGAAUUAUUAAAACAAGAAGAUGAAGAAUAUCAAGAAAAACUAAGAAAUGGUCCAUACUGGAAAAGAAUUGUUGAUUUCUGGUGUUGA